CAAUCGUGUUUGCGAGCGCGCCGCGGAAAGAUCAGCUUGACUUUAAUACACUCGUAAAUAAACAAGAAAUCAAACCCAAGAUGCCGCUGCGCAGGAAAGAGGACUAUAUCCCCAUCAAGUGCGAGGGCUGGAAUGGCAAGUUCGUCUAUCCGGAUGGCGCUGUCAACAAUGUGUCCAAGAUCCGUCGGCAGAACCAGAACGUAACCAACACCAACAACUUCUACGGUUUCAACACGGAGCCCAUUGUCCUGCCCACCGAAUGGGAUGGCACCUUUGUCAAGAGCGGCGAGACACGCAUUAAGCAGGAGCGAAAUCGCUCUGACGAUCAGGACUAUUUCGAUUACAACUCGGAGCCCACUGUCCUGCCGCCGGUCUGGAGCGGUGAGUUCGUCACCGAUCCCAACGAUGUGCGCUUCAAGCCGGAGCGCAACUUUUCGGAUCCCAGGGAUUACGCCGAGGCAGCUCGAUUCAAGUUGGUGAAGAACUAAGCCCAUAUCCGAUUCGAUUCCGAUCCUGUACAAUUAACCCUGCAAGUUGUGUUUGUUUUGGUUUCGCAUUGUACCCUAACCUAAGCGUUUGUUGUAUUUAAUUUUUAUGAUAUUUAUUUGUAUGCUUAAUAAACCAUAGAAAACCAAGAAAAAA